GUGUGUGAGUCAGUGGGUGUGGUGAUGAGUGUGGGAGGGCGGGAGUGGUUUGUUGCAUUCGAGGCUGCCUUUGGCCUGCUGGCGGUGUGCCUAUACCCGGGUGCGCAAUUUGCGAUGAAAGGUGGAAAAGGCAAAAUCCGAGGGUGGGCUGAGAAUGAAGCGGCUAUCCUGAAGGCCUUGAUUGCAUACGUCGUCCGGUCAGAGAAAAGGACUAUGUGCUCCCGCUCACAGCGCAUGUUGGUUCUCAAAAAAGUUUUGGCUCUGAAGAGACACGUCUUGGAAGCAAAGGUGGCUGAAAGCCGGAAUGAGCCAGAAUCCCUCUAUCAAGAACCCCCAGCUGAUGAUGCUGUUGAUAUGGUGAGCCGUGGUCUGUGGGAAUUCCCAGAGGACUUGGAGUGUGACAGUGCAGAGGAGUCGAGCCCCCCGAAGCUCGUGGACUCGGAUAAGUUGCUGACGCCAGCUCGCUUUAUCCAGGGCCUUGCUGUGAAGACCCCGCAGGAGGAGCAGGUGCAGUCUCAGCUUCGUGGAACGAUUCAGAAGAUGGAGUCGGACAAGCAGGUUGAAACGGAAGCUAAGCUGUCCAGAAAUCUCGGGCCUCUGUUUGAUGAGGCUCUGGGUGGACAAAAUCACAGAGUGUUUGUGCAUGAGAUCGUGCAUUCCUUUGUCGAGGCUGUGGCUACACCCAUCAAGGCAAGUGUGGCUUCAAGCCCAGGUGCAGCUGGUCCCGCUGGUUCCACACCCACCACUGUCCCAGACAACAGUGGGAUCCCGAAGACACCCAUCAAGUCCCCUGUGGGCCCGAGCGGUCCCGUUGUUGAUUCCGCACCCGAUGCUGUCCCAGACAACAAUGUGAUCCCGGAGUCCACGCCCAUCAAGUCCCGUGGGCGCUCGAGCCCAGGGGAAGCUGGUUCCUGUGCUGGCUCCACACCCACCACUGUUCCCUUCGAAGUUGUACUCCCUACACCCGUCAAGCCUUCUGCACACUCGAGCCCUGCAGAUGGUGCCACUCCCCCCACUGUUCCGUUCAAUGUCGUGCUGCCAAACUCAGCAGAUUGUUGGGGGACUCCGGAUGUGGGCAAGUCACCUGGCCCUUCGACUGCAGAAAGGGAUGCAGAGAUGGACCGUGUGUCGGAUGCAGUCUUGAAGCUACCGAGCUUUCCCAAGUGGAUUCAGAAAGGUGCUGCAGCAGGUGCCAAGGAAGUCCCUGCUCCCCCCAAGAGCCUCAUCUCGGAGCAGAAGACUGUUCGGCAGGAGCUUGCUGAUGCCACAUGUCAUGGAAUCAUACAGCAGAGUUGGUCAAAGCUCAUGAGAAGUUGCAGAAGCGCGGGGAAAGGCAUGAUGAUUCUGAGGAGCCGUGCCGGGGACGAGGUAAGUCUCGUGGCCGCGGGCGUGGCCGCGGGCGUGGCCGCGGGCGUGGCCGCGGGCGUGGCCGCGGGUGUGGCCGUGGGCGUGGCAGAGGGCGCGGCAGAGGGCAAGCGGAGACUGCUACUGCUGGGUCAAAUCAGAAAGACCCCAGUCAAAAGAAAGCAGCUCGAUGUUGGAGCAAAGGCAGUGUGCACUCCUGUGCCCCGGAAGCAGAGGGGAUCCUUCCUGACUAAGUCAGCACGCAAGCGCGCAGAUCAGCAAGCCCGCAAAGAGCUGGCUCUUGCUAACAUUGCUAUGUUGAGGGGGCUUGGUUUGGAAGACCUCAGCUUUCCUGAGGAGGGCUUUGACAAGCAGUCUUGGACACUCUAUGGUCCUGAGUCAGGGGCCAAAGGUGCGAUCAAUCCUGAGGAGGUCAGCAGCGUCCAGGUGGUGGCAGGCCGAAAUUUGUUCUAUGUGACGAAAGCUCGACUCCCGGAAGCGCUCGAGGGUCAUGGUGUGAUCGAUGGAAAGAACGGUGCAACCAUUGGCUUUAACAUGUACCCGACUGUGGGAUGUGGCCAGGGCAAUGGCUGGCUGGAUUUCCCCUACGCUGGAAUCUCAUCUCUACAGUUGGCUAGAUACAUAUUAUGUGAACGCCUCCCCUGGCAGCCCUGUCAACUCUAG